AAAAAUAAUAAUCUAAAACAAAACAAUGGAUACGUAUAUUUGAUGAAAUAUCUGCGUUGUUUGUUGAUAUAUAAAUUUGAGAUAGAAACAAAUAAAAACGUCUCCACAAAAUCUGCAUGAAAGAAACAGCUUCUCAUUCCGUCUUUUACUCUCCAUCUCUCUUCCAACGUUUCCUAAGCCUUCUUUUGUUUGUUCUCUUCUUUGAUUCUCUCUUUGAGAUAUUCUCUGUUUUUUUCAUCCACACACCAAAAAUAAGAGGAUAUUUUUGAGAAACAAUUCGGAAGCCAUCAUUAAAAUUCGAUUUUGAGAAUUUUUCAACAAUCUUAUUGCAUGUCUCUGGUUCUUUGUUUUCCGCAUGUCCUACUGCAUGAUUCAGUUGACUUCUGGAUUUGUUUUCUUUAUUGAUGAGUCUUAGUAUCAAUAUCCCCUGAUCAUUAUUGUGUUAGAUUAGAUAGAUCAUACGUAUAGUAAGCAAACGUGUUCUUAGGGUUUACUUUUUCGUAUUGUAGGGUUCAAAUUUUCUUUUGGAGAAUUUUUUUGUUGGUUCACAAAAAAAAAUGAGUUUGAGAGCAUAUGCAUGAUCUUUAGUUUGUUGAAAGUAUUUUCUGAUUAAAAAUUUAGACUUUUUUCAUCAUUUUGGUCGCAUUUGUUUAACCUUCCUAUCAAAAGAUUGUUUUAUAUAACUCCCGCCUAGUUUCAUUUAAUUGGCUAUAUAUUACUCCGAAGAAAAACUUGAUUUUGUGAUGAUAAUGAUGAAAAGAUAAGCUUUGAGUUAGAAUUUUUGUUUUCUGAAAGUUGUGUGGUCUGUGUUGGAGUCUUUGAUUUGAAUUCAAGACAUGGAGAAGAGAUCAGGAGAAGAAGAAGAAGGAGGUGUUGGGAAGAAAGACAGGAUCUUUCGAGCAGACAAGAUCGAUUUGAAGAGUUUAGAUAAACAGCUUGAGAAACAUCUGAGUAGGGUUUGGUCGAGGAACCUUGAGAUAACUCAUAAAGCUAAGGAGGAAGAGUGGGAGAUUAAUUUGGCUAAGUUGGAAACAAGAAAUGUUAUUGCUCGUGGUACUUUUGGGACGGUCUAUAAAGGCAUCUAUGAUGGUGAAGCUGUUGCAGUGAAGGUGCUUGAUUGGGAAGAUGAUGGUCAAGAAAGCAAAACAAAUCGGACUUUAUUUCGUCAAGAGGUCACUGUUUGGCACAAACUAAACCACCCAAAUGUCACUAAGUUUGUUGGAGCAUCAAUGGGAACAACGAAUCUGAAAAUACCAACAGCUGAUUCAGAAAACUCGUUACCUCAACGAGCUUGUUGUGUGGUUGUGGAAUAUGUUUCUGGUGGAACGUUGAAACAGUACUUGAUCCGUAAUAGACGCAAGAAACUCGCGUUCAAAGUUGUUAUCAAACUCGCUCUCGACCUCUCUCGAGGGCUAAGCUAUCUGCACUCAGAGAAGAUUGUGCACCGUGAUGUGAAAACAGAGAAUAUGCUUUUGGAUGUUCAAAGUAAUCUGAAAAUAGCAGAUUUUGGAGUAGCGAGAGUGGAAGCUCUGAAUCCAAAGGACAUGACUGGAGAAACGGGCACUCUUGGAUACAUGGCUCCUGAGGUUAUAGAUGGCAAGCCAUACAACAGAAGGUGUGAUGUUUACAGCUUUGGAAUAUGUUUAUGGGAAAUCUACUGCUGUGAAAUGCCUUAUCCUGAUCUUAGCUUUGUCGAUGUUUCUUCAGCUGUUGUCUUACAUAAUAUGAGACCGGAGAUUCCGAGAUGCUGCCCGACGGUAUUGGCGAAUAUAAUGAAGAAAUGUUGGGAUGGGAAUCCGCAGAGACGACCAGAGAUGGAGGAAGUGGUGAAGAUGCUUGAAGGAAUUGAUACCAGUAAAGGCGGCGGUAUGAUACCUGAAGAUCAAAUUCCUGGCGGCUGCUUUUGCUUUGCUCCAGCUCGUGGCCCCUAAAGCUGCUCCCUUUUCUUUUCUUUUCUUUUCUUUAAUCGUCUGGUUUUCAUUCUUUUUCCUUCACAUUGAAUGAUAUUUGUUUCUUCUACUCCAAGAAACACAUCCUUUUUUUUUCUCAAUUUUCUUUUGGUCGUUGCGAAUAUUCAAAGUUGAACAAAAAUAUCAAGUGAUGGUUUUGUGUGGUGUGAACAAAAGUAAAAAAAAAAAAAAACAGAGCAUAUUUUUUUAUUUUUCUCGGUUGUUUUUCGCUUUUUUUUUGUGAUUGUUUAAGUUCCUUCCUCUCUAUGCAUUUUGUUUACUUUUUUUUUUUGGCUAUGAAUACAAAUAUCAUUAACUAGCGAAGGUUUGUGUGACAUCGCGAUUCCUGGUAUAAGUGGAAAGACUUAAAAAAUUGAUUUGGCGUGAAUUUAUUUUUCGGGCACACACUCAUUUAAAAUUCUAAAAUUAAGUGUGCUUGAACUGGUCUAGUAAAAUGAUUGAUGACUUAACUAGAAGUGAUUCCCGAUAUCGUUAUAUCGUGCGAGUGAAAUCAAAGCACAGAAAAAGGUCAUGUGAUGAUUGCAUGGUCAGUAACACAUGAAUUUCGAGUCUCCGAAAAAUUAACACACGACAUGUCGCAUGAGAUGGGAACUACAGGCCGAGGCCGAGUGAACGGAAGUGGUGGUCCAUUAGUUUGAUUACAAAGAAACUUGAUAUCUGGAUUGCUUAAAAAGCAUUUCGGAUCCUAGAGACUAAAACAAGGCCCCAAAAUCAAA